UGUGCGGUCCCGGUCCGCCAAGCAGCCGCCGACACCGCCGCCGCCGCUGUCGCUGUAGUGGCGUGGUCUUUGUCGAGAAUUUUCUUUCCCGUUUUGUCCUUAUUUGAAAUUACAGCACACCUGUCAACAUGGGGAAAAAAGAAGAAGAGGAUAUAAUAAGAAUUGCGAAGAAAAUGGAUAAAAUGGCGCAGAAGAAAAACGGGGCUGGGGCUUUGGAUCUGCUAAAGGAGCUGCGCACUGUCCCCAUGACUCUGGAGCUGCUGCAGUCCACCAGAAUCGGGAUGUCUGUUAAUGCCAUCCGCAAACAGAGCACAGACGAGGAGGUGACAUCCCUAGCAAAAUCUUUGAUCAAAUCGUGGAAGAAGCUUUUGGAUGAACCUGGAGGUGGGGAUAAAGCUGAUGAGAAGAGGAAAGAGCAAACUACUCCUGUUUCUCCCUCACAGGGAAGCCCAGAAGCAAAAGAAGAAAGCAGCUCCAGCAGUAACUCCAGCAACAAGAGUGAGUCCGCUGAUGUUACACCAAACACAUUAAUCAACACCUUUCCUCGUGCCCCCAGCACCUCAGACUCUAUUCGGCUCAAGUGCAGAGAGAUGCUGUCCAAUGCUCUGCAAACUGGAGAUGAUUAUAUUGCUAUUGGUGCUGAUUGCGACGAACUUGGAGCACAGAUCGAAGAAUGCAUCUUCCAAGAGUUUAAGAACACAGACAUGAAAUACAAGAAUCGUGUGCGGAGCCGGAUCUCAAACCUAAAGGAUAUGAAGAACCCUAAUUUAAGGAGGACUGUACUAUGUGGAAGUGUAACCCCUGAGCGUAUGGCCAAGAUGACUGCAGAGGAAAUGGCCAGUGAUGAGCUGAAGGAAAUGAGGAAGAAUUUGACCAAAGAGGCUGUCCGGGACCACCAGAUGGCCACCACCGGAGGCACUCAGACUGAUCUUUUCACUUGUGGCAAAUGCAAGGGGAAGAGCUGCACCUACACACAGGUUCAGACUCGCAGCGCUGAUGAACCUAUGACCACAUUUGUUUUCUGCAAUCAAUGCGGAAAUAGAUGGAAGUUCUGCUGAAUCUGCAGGCAUCACUCCGACGUAGCAAAAUUCCUGGACCAGGUUCUGUCUCUGCAAAAUAUUGGAGCUUUGUAUACAUGGUACACAAAACGCCGUUAAAAGAUGCCACUGCGGUUACAGUUUGAAUAAGUAUCCUGUUCAUAGAUCAUGACCAUUGUCACCCCUCCCCCUCCUUCGCCAACGACCCCCUCCCUCCCCAAAUCUUUUACUAUUGUUAUUAGUUGUUUCUCACUGUCACAUAUAUGCGAUCAAUCUUGUCUCAUUCUCUUUUAUCUGCAUUUUUUAUAUGUAGUUUUAACACUUUUGACAAUGUUUUGCUUUCCCCUCACAAUAUUGCAUUGUUUAUUUAAUUUCCCAAUAAAGUGUAAUCCAUUUGAUUAAAA